AUGGCUGCCGAAGCUCCACCGGAUCCUCGACUCGACCCCGGAUGUCGCAAAAUCUCUGAGAGAGGUUUGUUCCAAGUUGCUGAGAAUAACCAGGGCCGGGGGCUCCUGGUUCACAAAAAAACCGGUGAGCGACAUGUCGUCUUCGACUUCCGUGACAUUCAUGUUCACGAGGACCGUGCGUUUGUGAGGCUCAGGAACGGUGACAAGCGGUGGCUAGACAAAAUCUUUUCGUGGGCUCUGUGGUCUGUCACAGAGAGCGAAAAAGAGUUCGUCAUCAAAACUGGUGAGAACGGGAACACCAUCGUCUGGCUGGCAGAUUUCCUGAAGAAGCGGCUCAUACUGCAUCCGCGAGCCGGGGGGGACUCUCGGCAGCAUCUGGUCAAGCGUCUGAGCAAGUGGGUUUGA